UGGUUUUAAUAAUCAAGAUGUGGUUUAGUGGUUACCAACCUAAUUGAUUCUUUCAAAAAAAAAAAAAAAACUAUUUGCACAAACAAAAAUUAAUCAAUACAUAAUUUUAUAUUAGGGAUGCUUUUCAUAGUUUUAUACUGCAAAUUGUAUUAGCCCAAUAAAUAAAAUGUCUCAGCUCGGCCCAAAAGAAGCUGGACAAUACACGGCCUUAUUGAUGUUCUAACCAUUUGCUUUUCCCAUUGCAUAUUUCGCGAGAGGUUCUUAAUUGUCGGAAGACGUGCUUAUGUUUGGGUAAAGUGAUCACAAGGUGUUCGAUAUAAUACCUGAGAGAGUUUCCACAGGUGUUUCUGAUUUUUACUCAGUUUGAGUGAGCUGGAUCUUCCACGAUGAAGACGAUGAUCUUGGAUGUUUGCAAUGAGAUUAUAAAGAUCCAGAAGCUAAGACGGGCUGUCUCUUACGCUGGAUUCUACUGCUUCACUGCAGCCCUCACAUUCUUCUACACAAACAACACAACAAGAGCAGGAUUCUCCAGGGGAGAUCAGUUUUAUGCAUCUUACCCUGCCGGGACCGAACUUCUGACUGACACAGCUAAGCUGUACAAAGCGGCGCUUGGGAAUUGCUAUGAAUCUGAGGAUUGGGGUCCUGUCGAAUUCUGCAUAAUGGCUAAGCAUUUUGAGCGCCAGGGAAAGUCUCCAUACGUUUACCACUCUCAAUACAUGGCUCACCUUCUUUCUCAAGGCCAACUUGAUGGGAGUGGCUAAAGCACAACUCCUUUUUUUCAGAUGUGUACCUAAUUUUGUUAUUGCAAAAUCAAACUCGGGUGUCUGGAACUCUGUCCUUCACUCUUUUUCCUCAUUUGUACCGGAAUAUAAGAACUUGUUUUGAGAUGUAAGCCCACAAUGUAAUAAACACAUAAGAUGAGACCUUGAUAUGGUGUACAAAUCAAGUAAACACUUCGAUAGGUUUAGCGAGCCGUGAUAAAUAAAACUAGGCUAAUAACCCUCU